AUGUCUUUUAAUAACGAUUCAAAGAUCAAAAAGAGUCGUAAUAGGGUUCCAAUAUCCUGUGAACCAUGUCGGAAGAAGAAACUGAAAUGUGACCGUAGUAAACCAUGUUCGAGUUGUUUAAAGAACGGGACUCAAGAGUCUUGUAAAUAUGCCAAUCAGAAUUUGGACAAUUUGAACAAGAUACAACUCACCAGUGAGAUUAUAAAUUUGAAGAUGAAAGUGAACAAGUUGGAGCAGAUUUUGAAGGCCAACAAUAUCAAUGUGAGUGAUUAUAACGAAUUAUUUUUUGUUCUGAGUGAACCUACCGAAAGCAUUUCCGAUAAAGAUGAUCCUGUUAUGGGAUUAACGGACAAAUUUGACAAGAUGGUGUUCAAGGAGAAUCGGAUUUUACAUUCCGGAGCCACCUCGUACGUCACAUUUAUCAGUGCUGAUAAGCAGUUGAAUCUGCUAUUUGAGUCGAUGGGUCGCAAACAUGAACAGAACUACAGGGAAUAUGUUGCUUCACAAAAAGCAAAAGUCCAAGAGGAUUCCAAAAUGUUUGAUAACAGCACUUUGGCAAGGAAGUCCGCUUAUCAGGACAUGGAUUUGUGUAUGGAUUCUACACUUAGUGGAAUGACCACCACAACUCUUACGAAUCCGCUUCCGUCGAGAAAUAUCGACUUAUUAUUUGUGGCCAGUUCCAAACUUCCGCCUAUGUUCGCUAUCAACGCCUUGAUUGACCGAUUUUUCAGUCAUGCCUACCAUCUUGUUCCGUUUGUUGACGAGGUAACCUUCCGUGAAGAGCUUACCUACGUCUUGCUAACAGAUGCCAAAGGAAAACCGUAUUUCAAGGUCACUCACGAACAGAACACAUCGAUCGUGUCUUUGUUGCUGAUUAUCCUGAGAUACGCCUAUUUGACUGUCAAUGUGAAAGAGUUCUUUGAAAACCCACGUUCGAUCGAGGACGAAAACUUGGCAACCGCAAUCAGAAUGGAUAUCAAAAUUGACCCGCAGUUUGUGGAGCUUUCCAAGAAUCUUUUGUUGAGCAUUCCUGCCGAAGAAAGUAUCUUUAGAAAAGUCACGUUGAGGAACGUCCAGGUUUUGAUGUUUUUGAGAUGGUACCAGAGUUAUUCUCCAGAGUUGAGUGAGGAUUAUUAUGAGGCCUCGUUAUCCUUAAGUUUGAUCAUCCAGAUGUGCCGUGUUUUGGGAGCCCAUAGAGACCCAGACCAUUUCCCGGAUGUGUUUAAAGACGAAAAGGUGAAGAACACAUGGAGACGGAUUUUCUACAAGUUGUUUUAUCUGGACACGAUCAGUGCGUUCGAUCUUGGAACGCCCCUGGUGAUUAGCGAAGAUGAGUUUGACAUUGUUUUACCAAGAUUAAGUCCUGCCGAGAACGACACUUUGAACAACUUCAAGCGUGGAAUGUCCAUCAAUAUCAGUGGUAAAGCACUCAAGUCGAUCAUCAACGAAAACGCCAUCAAUAGAGACACGGAGCUGGAAUUUGAGACUGCUAAAUUAAUCCGCAGAGCUAUUCAGCUGUGUCGUAACUACAAGUCUGGAACUAAAAAGUCCGAGUUCAUGGCUCAUAUUAGAAAGAUCCACACCUUUUUGAACAACAGAUUGAGCUCCGUUUAUGAGAUGAUCGACAGCGGCGAACUGAGCGAUAGUUUCAAGAUCGACGACCCUAUUGAGCGGAUCUUCAACAUUUCCAAGGUGAAGAAGCUCGAGGUGAAGCUGACUCUGCUUUCUCUACUGAACGCUCUCCAUUACUUGCUGUUCCUGUAUGCCGACGACGAUGACGAGGAAGAGAAGUUGGAACAGGCCAUUAAGGCGACCGAGCCGGCUCUGAUUCUGUUCAAGUUCACGUUUGAUUUCGUCAAGUAUUUGACUGAGUCCGAAACGAUCCACGGCGAGACCAAGUUCCACCAAAACUUCAGACGGUUCUUCAACGGAUCUGAAAACUGCUUUGCCAGCAAGAUCCAGGCCUGUUUCCAGAGGGGUGUGCUGUGGACGAUGUCUAUUUUCCUGCAGAACUUCACCACGGACCAUCUCAAAUUUGAGGUGUUGCUGAAACGGUUUGGCAAUUCUGUGGACUCGGUGAUGGUGCUGAACUGGCUCAACAUCGACCUGAACCGGAACACUAACGACCAGUUCUUGAUCAUCAUGUUCCACUACUUGAAGGAAUACUAUUUGAACAGCGUGCGGUUGAAGGCCGAUUUCUUCUGCUGUUGGAGAGUGUCUUUGAUCAUCAAGAUUUUCUUCAAUUUCUUCAAGAACACCAAGCAGGAACAAUUUGAGAACUUUUUGAGCAACUACGAGAUUACCAGCGAGGACCAGUCGUUGAACGGCGACUUUUCGUAUCCACAGGCCAAGAUGUUGAAUACUCUUCCGGGCCGUGAGGAGCUGGCCGGUGCCACCACCACGGACAGCACUUCUUCUGUCAAGACUCCAGCCGCGAGAGAGACCGUCGAAACGCCGCUCAUCACGACCAAAGGGUUUGAGGAGAUUCUGUACGAGGACGGUACCGAAUUCCUGGACAAACUGAUGAAAGAGGACGAGAUCUACAAGGCCGACACGAACCAGUACUCGUUUUUCAACAUGACAGAGGUUCCCGUGUUUGAGCAGCAGAACGGCCAGCAGUACCCGUCGCCAGAACAAUCGUUCAAGGACCGGCCCGAGAGUGACACGUUUUCGCACUCCAACACCACGACAGACCAUCCGUCCACCACGUCGAGCGGGUCCAACGGCCACAGCACCUACGACGACAUGUCCAAGGCGACUGGCGUGCCGUUUGUGCAGCCCGACAGCACGAGUCCGUUCGAAAGCGUGGCUUCUCAGAUCCAGAGCCUCGAAAGAGCGCCUCAUGAAAAGAGCGUCAACUUACAGGACUUUAUUUCUCAGUUUUCCAAAGAUCCGUUUUUCCAAGUUUGA